CUUAAAUCAAUGUUUCCACUUUCACAAUUGAAGCAACACCUGAGGCGAUAGGACAUCGGACUUCGCCCAACAUGUCGACCAUUCCAAGAACUAUCGCCAAUUUUUGGCGAGUAGGAAUCAAGGAUGCUUGGCGCCAGAUGCAGUAUAUCGGCGAUACUAAGGCUGGUACUUUGAUUGGUACCGAUCGAUUCGGCAACAGAUAUUUCGAGAACAACGAAGAACUGCCCCUUCGAACACGAUGGGUAGACUAUAAGGUCCACGACUUCGAUGCAGCCCAGAUUGAGCCUGGCUGGCACGCUUGGAUUUCCUACUCCGUCAACAGUCCACCUACCGAAGAUUCAUUGCUUGCAUAUAAGAGAAGACCCUGGGAGGACACCGAUGCCAAGACAAUCCCUAACUAUACCUUUACAAAGGGGGCAUACAGACCAUACAACACGACGAAAGCUAAGGUUACGACUUGGGAACCCGUCGCCGCCGAGAGGAAGUAAAGGAAAAGAACAGACUGCUAUGUACAUAUUCACAACAUGACGCCCAAGGAAAUCUAGAGCCAAGGCGUUAACAAUCAUAUUCUAUUACCAAU